AUGCGGAUCCCGUUUACGGGCCCUCUGCCACCCCCCUUGAUCAUCCCUCCCUCCGCGGCCACGAGAGAGGGCGCAGUUAGUGCCCUGACACAUUUCCUGACAGCUCCGGCCGGGUCAGCUGCUUCUCUGCCCGAACAUGCACAGCAGGCCAAGUCCAAGACGGUGCUGCUCACAGGGGCGGGCAUCAGCGUGGCGUCGGGCCUCGCCGACUAUCGUGGCGUCAACGGCACCUAUACCCAGAACAAAUCAUACCGCCCGAUCUACUACCACGAGUUUAUCUCGAGUCACGAAUCCCGCAAGCGAUACUGGGCACGCUCCUUCCUCGGAUGGAGGGGCUUGCACCGCUCGAAACCGAACGCUGCGCAUUUCGCCAUUCGUGAUCUGGGCACGCUGGGUUUGGUGGACAACGUGGUGACGCAGAACGUGGACUCCUUCCACGGCCUGGCUCACCCGAAUCUCAAGACGGUGGAACUGCACGGGUUCUUGAGAGCGCUGGUCUGUCUGAGCUGCAGGAGGCUCAUGGAUCGCGAUGUCUUUCAGCAGCGGUUGGCUGAGCUGAACCCUGCUUGGGCCGAGUUCCUGCAGCAGCUCCUUGCCUCAGGUGCACUGGAUACCGAAAACCCCGUUGAAAGAAGGAGGUUGGGCUUCAGGACGAAUCCGGAUGGCGAUGCGGAUGUGCCUGGCGCGCCGUACUAUACCUUCCGAUAUCCAGCUUGUCCGCACUGUCUCCGACGGCCGCCCAUUCUCAAGGAUGGCAGUAAAGGGCACGUGGAUGUAGAUGCGGAUGGGGCGUGGACCCCGUCACCUCCAGCAUCAGCCCCUUCGGAUGGGGUCGGCAUCCUCAAGCCCAAUGUCAUCAUGUUCGGCGAGUCCAUAUCUGCCGACGUGAAGACGGCGGCAGAGGAAGCAAUCGACUCGGCGGCGAAGAUUCUGGUCGUUGGAAGCUCCCUGGCGACUUACUCGGCUUGGAGACUUGUGAAGCGGGCGCACGAACGAGGCAUGGGCAUAGGCGUUUUGAACAUGGGCGGUGUUCGGAAAGAGGAGGUAUUCUUCGGUGAACUGCUUUCUGAUCGCCACCAUCGUCCGAGCGGUGGGGACGGGCACAACCCAUGGGCAGCGCUGCGAAGGGAGCUUGUGCGUGCCAGUCUACCUGCUGAGGAAAUCCUGCCUCAGGUUGUCGAGGCCAUCCGCACCUCCAGCUCCGCGUGA